CUAGUAAUCAUACAAGGCCAGCUCCCUUUUACUUCAUCAACCCCAUACUAAACAAGUUCUAUCUUUUAGUGUAUAGCACUACAUUGUAUUCAUUAUUCAUCUUGAAAAAAAACAUUUUGUAGCAGACGACAUACAUGUUGUCAUGUAUAUGUUUGUUUUACGUGUGUUUUUUCAAUGUAUAUGUUUUCAACUGACUCUGAAGCUCCUGGUUUGUUGUCGUUAGGUCGUGUUGGAAUCAAGAAGCUCAACCUUAACAAGCCUCCAGACGUUUAUAAUCAAAUACGAGCAAUGGAUAAAGAUUAUUCGGCACCGAACUUCUUAAGUGAAUACUUAUGCGGUAACUAUGAUAACAACUCUAGUAUGAUAGACCACAUGUUAAACAGAAACCUUCAGCAACGAAAGCAAUCCAUGCCGCAGCAGCAACAGCUGUCUCCUUCUGGAUUUGGAGCAACGUCAACUUCUGAUAAAAUGAGCUUUGCAGACGUGAUGCAGUUUGCGGACUUUUGUCCGAUGCUGCCGUUAAACCAGACCAGAAGCCAAAACGAUCAAGAAACCUGGAUGGACCCGUUUUAUAUCUUAAAGUUCCCAGUCUUCAACGGGGACCAUAACCAAGCACAUCAUCUCAUGUCUCAAGAAGGAGGUGGGUGUGAAGGAAACAUAGGCAACGUGUUUCUUGAAGAAAAGGAUAAUCAAGAUAAGAACGAUAACAACUCCAUGCAAAUCCGUUUUAUUGGAGGAGAAGAAUGUAGAGAGAACAAAAACGAUACGAAAAAGGAGGUGAAGAGCAAGAGGAAGAGAGCUAGAACAAGCAAGACCAGCGAGGAAGUGGAAAACCAAAGAAUGGCUCACAUCGCGGUCGAGAGGAACCGUAGGAAGCAAAUGAACGAGCAUCUCCGUGUCCUCAGGUCUCUCAUGCCUGGAUCCUACGUUCAAAGGGGAGAUCAAGCGUCGACCAUAGGAGGAGUAAUAGAAUUUUUAAGUGAGCUGGAGCAACUCCUACAAUGUUUGGAAUCACAGAAGCGUCGAAGAAUCUUGGGAGAAACCAGUGACAUGCAUGGUGGGGACAUGACCACGACAAUGAUUAUGUAACGACCCAAUUCCGGCUACAGAGUUUGUUAGCACGCCAACGUCGAUGCACACACCCACAGUGACUGAGUCACCACCAGAGCUCGCCGGAGUCGCCUCACGCAGUGAUCACGUCCAGCUUGUCACCACCGAUCGCAACCCUAGACCAUCAUCGUGUUCCUCUCGACGAGACGAAUCCAUAGCCACCGAAAUCGUCGAAAUCGGAGCUCAGACGAAGCCGUACGAGCCUCCAGAAGAUCAGCCUUCGCGCGCGCGUGAAACAGACGCUCCGCCGUCUCUUCGCCGGAGCCGCCGCGCCCGGCCGCCGUCAGUUCGCCGCCGGGAAUCCGCCGCCGCGUCACCACCGCACCGCCGCCGCCGCCGGUGACUUUUCCGAUUUGGAGUCUAUUUGAGCAUCUGGAGUUCAUAGAUACCACUUCUCUACAUUUUCUAAGAUGCCGCCGAGGAGAGCUACUCGUGCCCAGAUUGCCAGAGAUGCUAGAGAGGCUCAGGAUGAGCAUGUUCAGCCCGCGGUUCCUCAGGUUGACCAGGAGGCUAUGAGACAGAUUGUUCAGGAUGCUGCUAGACAGGCUGCUCAGGAGGCAGUCCAGCAGAUUGCUCAGGAGACAGCCAGGCAAGCCGCUCAAGAGGCUGCCCGAGUAGCUGCACAAGAGGUUGCUCGUCAGUUGGCUGCAGCUCAGCAAGGUCCUCAGGUUCAGAUGCAGCAGGGUCCGCAGAUUCAGGUUCAGCAGGCUCCACCAGUUCAGGUUCAGCAGGCUCCACCAGUUCAGGCUCAGCAGGAUGAUCAGAUUCCCGAUCAGCAGGCUCCUCUUCCUCAGAUCCCAGUGCAGCGUGUUCCAGCUCAGCAGUUUGCUCAGGGUGUUCAGGAUCUACCGCCACCACCACCGCGACCCCAGGUUCGCCAGGCUUAUGAUGAGACAUUCUACAGAUUGACGCGCCAUAUGAGAGACAUGGAUAUGGAGCAUUUUAGCGGGACAAUAGAUCCCAUAGCAGCGCACGAUUGGAAGUUAGCGCUUAAGCGGAAGUUGGAGAUUAUUGAGUGUCCACCGGAGUUGUCUCUCAGAUUGACUAUGCAGUACUUGCGUGGAGAUGCUCUUGUUUGGUGGGAAGGAAUUCGAUUGGAUCAUGAUGGACUCGAGAGACUUACUUUUGAAGAUUUCAUCCGGGAGUUUGAUAGGAAGUACUUUCCGGAAGAGGCUAUGGAUAAGCAGAAGAGUGAUUUUGAUCAUAUAAGCCAGGGGGAGAUGUCAGUAAGAGAAUAUGAGCGGAGGUUUAACCAACUUCGCAGAUUUGCUGGAGGUGGUAUUACAGAAAAAGAUUUGAUCAGGAGGUUUUUAAAGGGGAUGCGAGUGGAUAUUCGCAACAGAUGUCGUGUUGUUACUUACCAGAGAUUGGGAGAUUUGGUGGAGAAAGCCGCUGAGCAGGAAGAAGGUUUAGCAGAAGAGAAGAAGCUUACUAGAGCUGCUCAGAUUAAGUUUGGGAAAGCUCCGGAGUCCCAGAGGAGAGCAGGAGACCACUCGGGAUCACCGAGAUGUCCUCGUUGCCACCGCAGUCAUAGUGGGCAGUGUGUGAGGUGCCUUGUUUGCGGUAAGCCAGGACACAUUGCGAGGUAUUGUCGGGUUAAGCCAUUGGAUGCGCCACCAGUCGGGCAGAUUACCGCGCCAACAGCACCAGUAGCGGCAAACCAGUUUUGUUAUGGCUGUAACCAGUCGGGUCAUUUCGUCAGAGAUUGUCCCAGGAGGGGCAAUGCAGCGCUUCCACCACCACCAAAGCGCCUAGCCAUCGCCCCACGUGUGUUUACGGUUGGAGAUGCCCAGGGAGCCGAGCCGAUAGCGGGUACGCUUCUUAUUCAGACUUGUUGUGUUUUCAGUACUUUGGUUUUGUGGUUAUCAUUUGUAGUUAGUAAAAAUCUCGUGUAGGAUUGGUUUCGGUUGGAGGUGAGCCAGCUCACACCUUAUUCGAUUCGGGAGCUUCUCACAGUUUUGUGAGCCCGCGUUUGGUCAAGUCGUGGUCUU